AUGGAUUUCGACUGCGUGGACAAUCUCGUGUUCCUUGGUGACGACGUGUCCCACAACCUUGAGGAUCAUCCCUCACAAGGUUUCCCUCGUCUUCUCGAGAACUACCCAGAGCCAGAUAAUAGCGAUCUCAUGCCUUUGCCGGAGAGUCUCUGGUUCGACCAUUUUGAUCUCCCUUUAGUUCCUUAUGACGACAUGCUAAACAACUAUGUGUCGGAUCUUGAUCGCUUGGACCAUAUGGAUUUCGACUCGUUUCAGUAUUCGCCUCCCUCUCUUUCGACUGUAGAUGACUUCGAACAUGUUGCUUUGUGCAACGUGAUUGUGCCUCACGAAGAUAAAAGUGUUGCGGUCGACCGGGAUGAGGAGACUAAGGCUGCGGUUAGGACAUUGGAGUCCGCUGAAAGGCAGUCUCCGAUGAGGUUGGGCAACUUAGGGUUUGAGGAGAUCAAAAACUACUUUUAUAUGCCAAUAACUAAGGCUGCCAAGGAGAUGAAUGUAGGCUUGACGGUGCUAAAGAAGCGAUGCCGUGAGCUAGGGAUCGCGAGGUGGCCUCACCGGAAGAUGAAAAGCUUGAAGUCUCUCAUCCACAAUGUUAAGGAGUUGGGGAAGGGUAUGCUCGAGGAAAGCAUCAGAAGUGAGUUGGAGAGUUUGGAGCAGCACAAAAGAAUGAUAGAGGAUAAUCCGGAGAUGGAAUUGACAGAGCGAACAAAGAGGCUGAGGCAGGCAUGCUUCAAGGCUAACUACAAGAGGAGGAGAUUGAUGCUUGGUCAUCUUUAA